UUCUAUUGAAAUAGUAAGUUGUAUUACAAUAGUAUAAUCAUAAUAGAAUGGCUAGUACGGAUGAUUUAAAUUUCACAAACGGUAUAUAUCGAAGCAAAGAAAGUUUUGACAUGGCUGAAGGAAUGAGUUCUAGCGACAAUAACAGAACAACGCCGCCUGGAUAUAUGACAAAAUCGAAAUUCUAUAUUGUAGUGGUCGCCCUUCUUUUGGUAGUUGUAUCCUUGGUUGCUACGUGUAUAGUGCUCGUGUAUCACUUGGAAACUAAAGGAGAUCUAGCAGAAGGAGGUUCCUCGUCGGCUGUUGUCUCAAAUGAAACAAGACGGACUGUUAAGCCGACCACGACGACAGUUGUAACACAAACGACAAGAACUGUUUCUACCAGCACGCAAGAAAAUACAUCGCACAAUAUGACGACUCCAGAAGUCACAUCAUCGACAGUAUCGAGCACUGGAAAUAUGACAACGGAAAAUGUGACUUCAGCCAACACAUCAUUAGCAAACUCAACACCUGAGGUUACGACAAACUCUAUGACGUCCGUAGACACGUCAUCGACUGACACCAGAACUGGAGGUGUGAAGACUACAACAGAAAAAAUUACGUCAGUCAAAACAUCAUCGCAAUCUACAACGUCAAUCGAAACAUCUUCACAAUCUUCAACGUCAAUCGAAACAUCUUCGUCAGGCACAACGGAUGGUUUGAGUACGGUUGAAACUUCCACGUCAGGGCCAAUAACAUCGGAAGUAACAAAAACCACUCCGACUACAACAAAACCAGUUCCUGCCUGUCCUUCCGGUUGGAUAACAACGGAGUCUAACUGCUUUUUCUUCAGUACAGAAAUAUUACCUUGGAAAAAGGCAAGGACGUACUGUACUGAUGCUGGCGCACAUCUAGUUGAGGUCCUGACUUCUGAAAAGCAUACACUUCUUACGACUGAAAUAACUAAUCAAGUGACCACACUUAUUCCGUUCUGGAUAGGACUGAAUGACUUAGCCGUCGAGGGCACAUUCGUGUGGUCGUACAGUCUAAAACAAUUGAAGUCGAAUAGUUUUAAGGUAUGGGGUAACAACCAGCCUAACAACAAGAAUGGAAAAGAACACUGUGUUAUGCUUACAAAAAACUUUAUGUGGGGGGAUGAUGGGUGCUUUAAUGAGCGUAACUUCAUCUGUGAGAUUGUAAGAUGAUUUAUUUACGCUUUCACUGAGCUCAUCAUUAACCAUGGUAAAAUCAUACAGUUUGAAACGAACGGUGUCAUUGAUGAUUAUUAUUAUUUUUAUUUAUUUUUGUAUUUAAUUCAAUAGUUAUAAGCGUUAGGUUAUAUGGUUGGCUAGUCGAGGUUUAUAUUGCAAACAACCGUUUAUACAUGACCAUAGUACAUGUCAGACAUCUUUAUUACGAAUCAUGAUACAGCAGAACAUAAUUAUGCAUUUGAAGAAAAACGAAAAUUACUAUAAUAGCAGUUUAUAUAGAUUAUAUAAACGCUACGAUUCUCCAUUGAAAAGCGCGUUACAAACGUACAGUGUUAUAAAUUAAUCAAAUGAAUGGAAUGGAUGAAUAGUGUAAAACAUUCUAAGAAAGUAUCAUGACAAAAAAGUAUAAUAUUGAAGAUUUUUAUGUGUUUUUUUUUUCUAAAUAAUAGGGGCCAAUAUAUAAUCUUGCAUUACAAAUUAAGCUGAUAAAUUUUAGAAAGAGUUGCUGGACUGGCAAUUUCAACAGAUUUAUUUAUUCUUGGUCUGUACAUUCAAAUUCACGAAUUGAGGGUGAUAAUGGUGAAUAAUGUACUUUUUUAUUCAUUCAUGUGCAUAGUGGUAUAACGCUUUGCAUAAGACCAGACUUUCACGAUGUAUGAUAUAUAUUUCAAAGACGUAAAUGGUGUUGUACUUGUGUUUCGAGGUAUUGAGGAUGAAUUACAUAUAAGUGUAUGUUUUUGUGUGCUGUGUUCAACACUGAAUACAUGUAUGUUCAAAAUUUCUUAUCGUUUUUGUUCUUGCUAUAUUAAAAUAAAAAAUGUACACAUGUGUUCUUUGCCGCUUAAAAGAGCAAAAGGAUGCACCAUACAUUGUAAUUGAUUUCAUUCUUUCAGUUGACAUUCAAUAUGUUUUAAGUGGUUAAUUAUAAGUGUGUAAGAAAAUUA